UUGACUAAAACUGAAAUACCUCUGGUUUCUGUGCAUCUCAUUUGGGCAACUCCACCCCUGGCAGCCUCGCUUUAAGACGGUGUGAAAAAGCACCACUUUCAUGUUUCUGAACUCAGAGGAAGAGGAUCGCUUCAUCUCUGGUGUAGAAGAACCAGCUCCAUCUUUUUGGACAGAUGGAGCCUGUGGCGUCGAUGUUGCCGCCCGUGAACGGCAGUAACGACUCUGGCCUUUGCCUCGGCGAGACCCAACACGUGUCCAUCACCGUCCUCAUGUGUCUGGUCUUCUCCGUGGGUUUUCUGCUCAACGCCUUCAGCCUGUGGGUGUUCUGCUGCCGCCUGCCCUGCUGGACCACCGGGACCACCCUGCAGUUCCACCUGGCCCUCAGCGACGCCAUUGCCACCCCCGUCACACCGUUGAUGGCCGUGUACUUCGCCAUGGGCAACGACUGGCCGUUCGGUCGCUUCCUGUGUCAGGUCAAGAUCGCCCUCCUCAGUUCGCAUUUCUACGGCAGCACCAUCUUCCUCACCCUCAUCAGCGUGCAUCGCUUCACCGCCGUGGUGCACUUCAACAAGAGGUCCUACAUGAAGCAGAAGGAGUUCGUCAAACAGUUAUGUGCAGGAGUGUGGAUCUUCCUCCUGAUCCAGUCUCUGGUCUUCGCAGUCCUGCUUCCUCCAAGUAAAGAAGGUGCGAACAGCCAGUGCCUCAGCAUUCACCAGAAGAACCUGACAAACUCCUACUUCGUCAUCAACUUCAUCCUCUUCAUCUUUGGGUUCCUGAUUCCUUUCGUCGUGGCGGCUGUUUGUUAUGGUUGUCUCGCCAACACCUUAACUCGCCUCAACAUCAGCACGGCUAAAGGUCUGAAGGUCAAGUUGAAGUCUCAGAGGAUGAUCGGCGUGUGCCUGGUCAUAUUUGGGAUCUGCUUCCUGCCUCUUAACGUGAUACGAACCGUGGGCGUCAUCGUGAAAAAGUUCUACGCGCGCAGAUGCCACGUUCUGCAGCAGAUCGAGACGGCCUACUACUGCUCCUGGAUCUUGGCAGGAGUGAACAGCUGCCUGGAUCCGCUGCUGUACUGUUUUGGCUCAACGAAUUUUAGAGAUGCUUUUGGGUCUUUGAGGAUUAGACAGGGAGAAGUUCAGACGAGAAGUGAUUCAGAAAUGACUGGGAAUCAAUCGAACUCUAAGGCUUAACCCAUAAAAACCCAAAUAUCAAAAGCAUCUACUGAUCUAAGCUGUUUAAUACCUGUUGAUCUGCUAAUUCUAUCAAUGCAUGUAAAUAAU